UUCUCUUUCGCUCUGAGCUGUUUCUUUGAGACUUGCCACUUGUGCCUUUCUGUCGACACUCGAAUGCAACUACCUUCUGGCUACGCGGAGGAUUUCACGAGAUGGCGCCAUCUGCUCUAUGGAACGGGUUCGAUCCCUCCUUCACCAUGUUGUGGACUGUGUUGUCGUACCAGCAGAUGUGCUACACGCCAACCACAGGUCCAGUGUGCGGAAACCCAGAGGAGCCACCAGCUUAUAGGAAUUUCGGGAUUAGGACGGAUUACUGCAAGCUGACUGGAUUAUGCACAGAUCAUGCAGAUCCUGUGCGGAUCAGAGGUUGCAAACCUGUCCUGUUCUUCCUGUUCAAAAGGCACGCCGCGCGGUAUCCAGAAGAAGGGGACCCCAAGGCAUUUCAAAAGGACCUGCCAAGUCUUCGAGACCGUAUACUCCAAGCAUACGAAAAUAAUCAAACACUGUUGUGCAGACGGAUCAUAGAUGCACUGAAACAAUGGGAGUACGGCUACAAUGACACCCAACAAGGACAUAUUACACCCGUUGGAGAACGGACAGCUGCACUAAUCGGUAUGAGGUACCAAAAGCGAUUUCCAUGGCUUCUACCCAGACACUUCAAUAGUGCCGACUACCUCGUGCAGUUCACUACCCGAAUCAGGACGAAACAGACGGCUGAAGCGUUCAUGAAUGCCAUAAUUGACAAAGAAGGAAAUGAAACUAUCGCGGACUGGGAUCAACCUAACGACGACUUAGUGCAGUUUCACCAGAACUGCAACAAGCGUUUGAAGGAGUAUGCAGGCUACAAGAAAGCUCCGCUACGUGAAAAAAACGUCUUUCUCAACACUCCGGCAGUCCGUACUCUGGUACGGGUCAUUAGCCGAAGGGUGGGUUUCAAUGUCACAUUUGACGAGGCUAGAGUGAUGGCCAAGUACUGCUCUUUCGAGACAUCUCUGAAUAGUACCAGUCCGUUCUGCGCCAUAUUCAAAAGGGAAGACUUUAAAAUUUUCGAAUUUUUCGACGAUAUCAACGACUACUACAGAGACGCCUACGCCCUGAAGCGGAACUACGAACAGGCCUGUCCCAUGGUCCGAGAGCUGUGGGAGAGACUGGCCACCACCGCAAAGUACUACAGCGAAAGCGGGAACCGCACGGAGCCUCCUCCACGAAAAGCAGUCUUGUAUUUCUCACACGGCGGCGGCUUCAAAAAACUGGUGGCCAGACUCGGACUAUUCAGGGACAACCAGGACAUCAGAGGGAGUGGUUACUGCUACCUGAAAGACCACCGAAAAUGGAGAUCAUCGUUUGCGAAUCCCUUCAGCGCCAACUUAGCCUUUGUCCUGUUCAAGUGCCGCGAAAAUUUCUACGUACUUUCCUACCUGCACGAAAGGCCGGUUAUCGUCGAAGGUUGCUAUAACUAUUUUUGCCCACUGGAUGACUUUCUCAGCUCCCCGGCUGCUUGGCAAGCGCAAUACAAUUGCGAUCUGAAAAAAAUAUGCGUUCCUACGCCUUACGAGGGCGGAUAUCAAAACAUUUCUCGACGAGGAACUCCGGAAUGAUGUGUGCUGUGGAUUAGUGUUUGACAACUGGCGUUCGAACUGUUUAUUGUCAAAGCAAUAACGUAGUGGAUAUGAUGUUACCUGUACCACUGACUUGUACAAUUAAGGCAAUACAGAAAUAUCACGUAUUAAGCAUAUAAAGAGCCGUAUU